CACACACACAGGCGCGCGCGCCCGGGCUCCCCUCCUUUCUGCCCGCGCCAGCCUCCAGCCGCUCCGGGUUUCCCGCUUCGUCCCCUCCUCCACUGACGCAGUCCGUCUGCACCAGAUCCUAACAUGGCGGCGGAGGCGGCGAGGUGGUGAGGAGCGCGGCCGAAGGGAGGUUGGAGGGCCUCACGAGAGGGGCUGAUAUAACAUUCUGAAGCCAUGGGAGUGAAAACCCAAAGACCUCGUUGUUUUUUUGACAUAGCCAUCAAUAACACCCCUGCUGGAAGAGUUGUCUUUGAAUUAUUUUCAGAUGUUUGCCCAAAAACAUGUGAGAACUUUCGCUGCCUUUGUACAGGUGAAAAAGGUAUUGGAAAAUCAACCCAGAAACCACUUCAUUACAAAAGUUGCUUAUUUCAUAGAGUUGUGAAAGAUUUCAUGAUCCAAGGUGGUGACUUCAGUGAAGGAAAUGGGAGAGGAGGAGAAUCAAUUUAUGGAGGCUUUUUUGAAGAUGAAAGCUUUGCUGUAAAGCACAACAAAGAAUUUCUCCUUUCAAUGGCCAACAGAGGGAAAGAUACAAAUGGUUCACAGUUUUUUAUAACAACUAAGCCUACCCCUCAUCUUGAUGGGUAUCAUGUUGUUUUUGGACAAGUAAUUUCGGGGCAAGACGUUGUAAGAGAAAUAGAAAAUCAGAAGACAGAUGCAUCUAGUAAACCGUAUGCAGAAGUGCGAAUAUUGAGUUGUGGAGAACUAAUUCCAAAAUCCAAAGUCAAGAAGGAAGAGAAGAAAAGACGCAAGUCGUCUUCAUCUAGUGAUUCAGAAAGUUCAAGUGAUUCAAAAACGUCUUCUGAUUCGUCAACUGAAUCUGACAGUGCUGCUGAAGAAAAAACAAAGAAAAAGAAAAAGAAACACAAAAAAACCUCUAAGAAACAUAAGAAAGAAAAGAAAAAGAGGAAAAAAAGCAAAAAGAGUUCAGCUAGUGAACCUGAAACAGAAAAUCCCGAAUUGCAACAGCCACUUUCUACAGUCCGUCCAGAAGAGAUUCCUCCUGUUCCAGAAAACAGAUUUCUGAUGAGGAAAAGUCCUCCCAAAGUAGAUGAAAAAGAAAAAGAGACAAAGAACAGAGAAAAAGAAAGGGAAAGUAAUCUAUCAAAUUGUCAAACAUAUCAGAGAAGGCUAUUGGUGACAAGAUCUGGAAGAAAAAUAAAAGGAAGGGGACCAAGGCGGUACCGGACACCUUCAAGGUCCAGGUCAAGGGAUCGCUUUAGACGCAGUGAGACUCCUCCACACUGGAGACAGGAAAUGCAAAGAGCUCAAAGAAUGAGAGUAUCAAGUGGAGAAAGAUGGAUAAAAGGAGACAAGAGUGAAAUGAAUGAAACCAAGAAGGAUGCUGCAAAUCAAAAAAGUCCAGGGAGAGGAAAAGAAAGAAAAAUAUCUGAUCACAGGGAGGGUUCUGAAAGUCCAGAUAGAAGAGGAGAAAAAGAAACACAGCCCAAAGAUCUCAAAUCUGACAGUAAAGACAGAGGGACAAAGAGAAAUUCUGAGAAAGAAGAUAAGGACAAACAUAACAAAAGUAAAGCCAAGAAAAAGGCUAGAUCCAAAAGCAAAGAGAUAUCAAAAAGUAAAGAAAGAGACUCAAAAUACAGUAAACAUGAAGAUAAAAAAAUGCGAUCAAGAAGCAGAGAAAAAGACAAAGAAAAAUAUAAUGACUUUCAUAGCAGAGAACGAAGCAAAAGCAAGGAGAAGAAUAAAAGGGGAAGAUCUAGAAGUAAUGGCCAGAAUCAUACCAAAAGUAAAGAUAGGGGAAAACAUGAACACUCAAAAAGUAGGGAACGUGAGCAGUCUAAAAACAAACAUAGUUCCAAUAAUAAGGCCAGAGAGCGAAGCAGAAGUGUGGACAGAGGCAAGCGAGCCAGGUCCAGAAGUAAAGAACGAGACCGCAGCAGAAGUAAAGAUUAUUCCAAACAUAGAGAUAGAGAAGUAAAAAGAAAAGGAAGAUCAAGGAGUAGAGAGAGAAGAGGCACCCCAGAGAGGUCCAGAGAGAAAGAAUAUAAAAGGCGGAAGGAAUCCCAUAGCUCUGAGAGGGAAGAAAGUCGAAGUAAAGACAGGCAUCGGGAUCAAGAGUACAAAAGUUCUCGCAAAAAGGAAGAUACUGGAAAAAAGAUGCGUUCAAAAAGCCAUGACAGCAGUAGCUCCGAGACGAAUAAAAGCAAAAAAUCAUAUAGAAAUCAAGAUAGAAGUCCUGACUCAAAGAAAAGAAGAAGCAGCAAGGACAGAGAAUUGAAAAGAUCAUACUCACGGAGGAGUAAGGAAAAGGAAAGGGACAGAUCUCGUUCUUCAAGAGAAAAAGAGAUCAACCAAAAAUCAAAAUAUCAGGAGAGAGAUCGUGCCCAUGGCAAAGAUAAAAAAUCCGAUCAUGAAUCAAGUGCUGGAACUGAUGAAGAUAAACAUGGAUGAGUUUAUGAACUUAUUGUUUCCACUCUGCUUCUAGGUUCUAGAGACAUGUUGGGGAACAUUUUUUUUUUUUUAAUGUGGACUUCAGUUUGGUUUUUUGAUAAUCCACAAUCUGGAUCAUUUGUACUGCUAAAGUUUUAAUAAACUUGAAAUGGAAAAAC